AUGGAUGUCCUCCCAGUAACUUCUCCGGCACCGGGCAUGCACCACGGUAUGCACCGAAAUUCUCCAACAUCGUUCAAGCUGCCUCCUAUAUUCCGAAGGAUACACCGGUUUCAGCAAAUGGACUUCGAGCAAGCCGCAUGGCAGUUGACAUACUUGUGUUUGGCUCCUAAGAGAGUUUAUCGCAAUGUGUACUUCCAUAAACAAACGAAGAAUACUUGGGCACGCGACGACCCCGCUAUCCUCAUUCUCAUUGGAGCAUGUCUAUGCGUCUCUGCAGUUGCAUGGUCGGUGGUAUACUCAUACAGCAUCCGCCAAAUUAUCAUGCUCGCGUUUCUCAUGAUCCUCCGUGAUUUCCUCCUCGUUGGAAUUUUCAACGCCACCCUCCUCUGGUUCUUUUCGAAUCGCGUUCUCCUUUCACCCCCUUCGCAUUCAACCCCCGGAGACGCGAGAGUGGAAUGGGCAUACGCAUUUGACGUACACACAAAUGCGUUCUUCCCAUUUUACCUGUCGCUGUACCUCGCCCAACUAUUUCUGGUGUCGAUCAUCCUGAAGAACAACUGGGUUUGCUUGUUCAUAUCGAACACGCUCUAUCUCGCCGGGUUCGCGCAGUACAUCUAUGGUGUGUACUUGGGGCUAAAUGCUCUGCCGUUCCUCGUUCGCACGGAGCUACUACUUGCGCCGCUGCUCCCUUUACUCACCGGGUACAUAGUAUCUCUACUUGGGUUCAAUGUCGCCCAGCACGUGUUGCCACUAUACUUCGGGUCAUGA